CGUAACGCUGUAUUUUUAAUGAAUAGAUUUUAAUGCAUCUUCAAUUACACGAAAGAAUAAUUUAGUUGGGAACUGUAUUAGGUUUUACUGUGAUUAAACUUCUAUUUUCUAAGGGAAGGCACAGGCAGUGUUAGGAAUUUUGCGACAGGUAGGAUUAAUUUGUGACAAAUCAUGGAUAUUGUGUAAAAAAAUCGAUCUUUUCUUUCUGGUUCAGGUGAACAAUUUAAACAAGACGUGAAUUUGAUUAUUACGACUGUCAAUGUAUGCCUAUGACGGUGAUAUAAUGCAUCUUAAUGAAAAUAAAAUUAAUAGUUUCGUCAUAAAUAUUGUAUUGUUUGGUGAGUGAAAAGAAUUGUACUGACAUUAUGACUGAUUUAUAAAGAUGAUUAUAUUAUGCUGUUUAACGAAUAAAUCCUGUAUAUGGCUUCCAGAUUUAAACAAAUAAGUUACAACUACACUUUCAGUUACCAUUAUAACAGAGCUAUGCCUAACGAAGCUGUUUUUAAUGAACAGAUUAAAAUAUAAUUUUAUAUUUGUAACAAAAAAUCAGUGCAACGUAAACUCAAAACUCUAAACGCCCGCCACUAAUGCGUAUUGAUUGGCUGAGGUGCCUCACGUGGUUGAUCGUUUCGGCUUCUUUUAUGGUGGAGUAGCUUCCAUGGGAUGUCCUGCUCAUCUAUCGGCCGGAGGCUGGUAGCAUGCCUCCUAAACAUCUCAGAGGCACGGAGACGAGACCUGGUGGAGACGGUGGCCAGGUCAGCCAUUACUGACACACACGGAAGAAAGCGCGAGGGCGUCACAGUGCUGAACAUCUUCAAUGAUUUUGACUACAACCGCUCUGUCAUCACUAUUGUUGCAAGUAUUGAUCUAAUAAGAGAGGCUGUAUUGUCAGUUUGUGAACAUGCAUGCUCUGUCAUUGACAUGAAUGCUCAUGAAGGCGUCCACCCGUGUAUGGGUGCUGUGGAUUUGGUGCCUCUUUAUCCGCUGGGGAAAGAGGUUGGCGUAGAGGACUGUGGACAAGAGGCCAAGGCACUAGCCAUAGCUUUGACAGAACGAGUGGCAGGUACCAGUGCCUUUAUGUUUGGCUGGGGAGAUGCUCCUCAGCAUCGAUGUCUGGCCCAGAGGAGAAAAGAGAUUGGCUGGUUCAAAAAGGUCCAGGAUAUUUCAACUAUCCAACCAGAUGUAGGUCAACAGCCCACCAGAAGAUAUGGAAUUACAGGGGUUGGUGCCAGCCCAUAUGUUAUGAAUUGCAACGUGACUAUAGAUACUCAGGAUCUGUCCUUGGGGCGUUUUGUGGCUUCAGCAAUCCGUGAAUCCAAUCCAAAUGGUAUCCCUGGGGUGCAAGUUGUAGCUUUGCCACAUGAAGGUGCUGUGGAGAUUGCUUGCAACGUGCAGAGUGUUAAGGAUAGUUUUACAUCCUUAUCUUGUGGAGAAGAGCCAUGGCCAGGCUUCACUAUUAAAGGGCAACGUUUUUACCAUGCUCCAGCCUCGCUAAUCACAGCUCGAGUGGCAGAGCUGGCUGCGUACUAUGGUGUGGCGAUCAAGGGUACAGCCCUUGUGGGCUUUACCCCAUGUGAGUGCUGGUCCUUGGCAGUGGAUGCACUCUCAAAGGGCAUUGGAGAGUACUGGAAAGAACUGCACCAUGUGCAUAUGUAAUAAUAAAGCCAUAAACACAAAUUAUUGGAUAUACCCUGAUAGCAGACAUUUACUUGUUUGUCAUAAAUUAUGACAUUAUCAAACAUUUGGACACAUUUGAACCGACUUAAAAGGUUAAAUAAAAGUGACUGGAUAAUCCUUUCUAGAAGUGUAGAGCAUAUCAAGUCAGGGUGAUCAUCACAUAUAUUUAAUCACACAGACGUCUUUUGUGUGUUAUAUGAAAGUGUUGCAUUUAUCUGCAUCAACUUUGACCAUGGCUAAAAAAAAACAAUAUCAAGCCUCUCAUUUUAAGAGAGAGAAGUGGCACUGGAGAUGUAUAUAAAGACAGCUAGGAUAAACUCAAACUGAUAUUACUGGUGCAGGGCAUAAACUGUGCAGUUGAAGCAGCCAUUCAUAUUGACAGUAAAGCAUAAAAAAAACUUAGAGCUAGCUUGACUGACUGUGCCAAUUACAUAAUGAAAUUAUUAGGCGAAAUACAAAUAAAAUAUUGAGGCCAGUAUAAAGCAUGUUCAAAUUUGUCAAUCCAAGUACACAUUAAUGUCAGAGUUCACAUAAUAAAAUCUAACAAGUCUAAAAAUGAAAACCACAUGCCUUCAGUUAAAUGCCUAUACAUUUGUUGACUUAGAAAUUUAAGUUA